AUGGCCGAGAUCAGCUUGAACGACAUCAUGCGGCUUAGUGCAUGUGACCUGCGGAAGCAGCUCACCGACAGAGGCUUGGAUACCUCAGGAACACGGUGGUCUCAUGCUGUGCGGCUGGCGGUUUUCGUUGACCUGGAGCUCGUAACAUGCUGCCCGAAGCUGAGAAACUUGGUGAAAGAGACACUGAAACUGCCCGAUGCUGUGGCCGUUGUGGCCGUGCCAGACAGAAAAGAGGCGGCCGUCCAAUGCGAAGCGCCAGAGCCCGAGGACCUCGAUGCAGUGGCCGUGCCGGACACAAAAGAGGCGGCUGUCCAAUGCGAAGUGUCAGAGCCCGAGGAGCCGCAGAGGACAACGCCGCACUCCUCGCGGUAUCGGCUGCGGCCUUCGCUGGGCGGGAAAUCAGACUCAUCCGCACCCAUAUCGGAUGACCCGGCAGAGGACGAGAAGGUUAAGGAGAUGAGACGCCUCGCUCAGUACAACUGCCCAACAACCGGCAAGUCCGAGACAUGGCUGCGGUACAAGAUCGAUAGCGAUGGCACGGAGCUGGUGGGAUGCAGUCUCUGCCAAGCCUAUGCUUCCAGCGGUCAUGCCUUGCAUGGCCGCCAGGCCUUCGGACGCUUUGAGGUUCGAGUGGCGGAGAAAACCGUACAGGCAAGGGACGCUGUGCACGGACAUGUGCACAAAGCCACAUCGGACCAUUCCAAAGCAUUGGCGUUCAUGCGGAAGGGCAUUGUCGAUGCCGGUGGCAAAAUCCGCAUUCAGAGGCAAAUCUCCAUCUCUGUGCAGGAGGAGAACGCCAUUCAUUUCGCAUACUGUGCUCUGCGGCAGGGGCUGACUGGUUACGAAUACCAAGCAAUGGCGAAGGCAUGCUAUGAGGUUGAGGCAAAUCUGCCAGACGGUCACAACGGCCGGCGGUUUUUCAGUGAGAUUUGUCGCUGCACUGCAAAUCGCAGCUUCGACAUCCUGCUCCAGCAAGUGCAGGCAUCUCCUGUGUUGAGUGUGAACGUGGACGAGGGUGUUUCUGGCACUGGCUACUUUGCCAUCAGAGUGCAUUUCCUGGAUGUGCUCCUGUCCCUCACGACAAAGUCUGAGGCGGGCCAGGGCUUGACAAAGCAAGAUGUGAUGGAGCGCCUGGUCGGAUUCACUGCGGAUGGUGCCAGUGUGAACGGAGUGCGUAAAGGCAGCACUCCAAUUUCUGCUCCGAUUCGUGGGCCCACUGGAAAUCUAGCGCACUCGCUGCUGCAAGAGAAGCGACAGUUUUCCGAGGAGUGCAGCGCCCAUCGAGUUGAUUUGACUUGCAAAAAGUUCGACGAGCAGGAGUACGUCGGAGGGAUCAUGCAGAUGCUGCGCCGAAUAUGUUCCCAUGAGGAUGCAAGCCAAGGAGGUCAGCUUCAUUUCGCUCCACAGCGCUUCGUCUCGCAUGCCGUUCCCGCAAAGGUGCUGGUGCGAUCUUUCAAGGACUCCAGGGAUCAAAACCAAGCAGCCUGGGCGAGACACAUCAAGGCAGAUGUGCGGACCGUGAAGGUUUGGUUGGUGCUGGCCGUGGCUGCAGAUCUUCUGUCAUUCUUGCGGAAGCUCAACGUGCAGUCCCAGCGCAGCAGCUUGAGGGUGCUCGAUCUGGAGUCCCAUGUCGAGCUGUGCAUCAAGGAUGUGCAGGCUUACAUGCGCCAGGGCAAUGGUGGCCUGGCAUCUGGCUUGAAGCAGCUGUUUCAGCCAUACACUGCUCCUCGCCAGGCUGCCGCCACUUUGCUGGAAGAACUUUGCCGGCAGAUGCAUGUGAAGCAGACUGCUGGUGGCCAGAUCCUGAGCGCAAAGUACUAUGUGGGGGACCAUGAACCGGAGUUGGAGUUGAGACUGAACAACGAGACCUUGAAUGAGGUGGUUGCCGUUGCCAAGGAUCUCGAAAAGUUGGUCCUGGAGGAUCUGCGGAUGAGGUUUCGCAACGUGGGCAUCAGUAAGUUUGUGGCUGUACUGCACCCGACAUACCGCCCGCCCCGAGAUGGCCAACCGACCCCGCUUGCAACUGCAGUGGAAGCUUUUGCCAAGCACUUUGCUAUGGCUGAAGGCGAAUUACUUUCGCAGUGGAAGCACCUUCUCAAAGUCAAGGACCGCUAUUUUGCUGCGAACCCGGAGGUGCGCACAAUGAAGCCUCAUCAGUUUUGGCCUCCAAUCCUUCAACAAGUCAAGGAGAGCCUGCCUGAAGCUUUCAGGGUGGUCAGCUCGCUCAUCCUGCUGAGUUAUCAAAAUUGCGAGGUCGAGCGGGACCUGGCUAUUCUGAAACUCGCAAGAAAUUUCAGAAAACAAACAUUCUGUACUGUUCAUUUCACCGACUCGGGUUGCUGCCACUUGAAAGCCAUGCAUUGA